AUGGUGCGCUCGAUUGCGUCUGCUUCCUCUGAUUCUGAUAUGCUGCCUCCAAGCUCCAGUACAACUGGAGACUCUGACACAGAGUCACAAGCUGCAGCUCGAGCCAGGGCAGAGGAAGCUGAAAGGACGAGACGACGCAACAACUUCCGUGAAUGGUACAAGAGGCGACUCGCAACCAUUCUGUGUGAGUUGGCGUUGGAGACGACCUUUCAACAAGACGGCAGCAGCUCCCGGCAAAUCUCUGGCCGCCUCAGUUCCUACAGAAGGCGCUGUCCGGGGCAUGACACGGAAGGCGUCCUACACCUUGCCCUGCCGCAACUGGACAGACAGGUGGGCCAAGCAGUCCGACAAGACCAUGAGUUUUUGCAAGGACUUUACAAUGAGACGGUUCCCUGCAACGACGAGACCUGGAUUUUUUCAGACAUGGUUGGACGGCACCAGGACCCUGGACGCUGCCAGGUUGAGCAAAGGGUGCAGCUUCUGCUGCUCCGCUCGUUGGCGCCCAGACUUACCACGACUGGACCUGAAUUCGUACACCGAGCCAUCAACAACGCUGGAGGCGGGCUGUACCGCGAUUUUAUCUGGUUGGUUUGGCCGCUACUUACAGAUGAUGACAGACGCGAUUUUCAACAAUGGUAUUACAGUGGAAUCGAUGAGCCACUGGUUGUUGAAGCUGAGCGACCAGAGCCGGAUCGGCAGCAGGCUUUGCUAGCCAAACGAGACAAGGUCUGGCAGGCUGCAAGGCAAUGGCUCGGCGGCAUUCCCAAGCGUAAUGCGGUUCUCAUCCUAGGCGACAUGAAUGCCACCUUGCGCACUGAGCUCCCGCAUGUCGGGUAUGGGGUUGCGCCACACCCCAAAGAAACCCAUCCAGAUCAAGCCGUUUUUCAGGGGUUAGUCACCGGCCUCGGCCUCACAGCCAUCAAUUCGUGGGGCAAGCAUGGGUGCCAGGCAGGCACGUUCCUGCAACAGACGCAGAAAACUGUCCAACUAGACUACUUCCUCACUCGUUUGCCGUGCCAGCCCCACGCCAUGCGAGCACAGGCCCUCAAGCAAUCGCCUGUUGUUCACCCCACGGGCAUGAGACAUGUCCCGAUCGAGUGUCAUUUCCCACACCGGGAUUUUCUGCCGGCGAGCCGAGUGUCGUCGACGCCCACGGCCAAGCAGGUUCGGCAGCUCUUGGCCGCUGAUCAGUCCUUAGGAAAGGCACCGGACAGGCCCGCUCAUCUCCGCCCAAUUUGUCUCUUGCCGGCAGAGGCAAAAUUGCUGGCCCGCAUCGCAGCGGAGCGCUUGCGGCCUUACCUGCAACAAGCACUGCAAGCCAUUCCCCAGUUUGCUUACAGCAAUGCACGCCAAACGGCAGACGCCAUUGACCGCGUCUGCGCACAUUGCGCACGCAUCCGUUCGAAGCUAAAGCUGCAUCAACGCACAGUGUUCAGUGUCAAGCAGGGCAGGCCCAAGACCUCUCUGACUGGCGGAAUGAUGCUUUCGCUAGACUUGUCGCGUGCGUACGAUAAGCUGCCGCGGGACAAGCUGGAACAGUCCCUUCUCCGAAUCAAUGCCCCGGGUGACUUGAUCACACUCAUUCUAUACAUACAUGAUCAUGCUCAUAUGGUGAUUGAGAAACAUGGCCAUGUCACGGGUGUGGGAUUGGGCCGGGGCAUCAGACAAGGCUGCGGCCUUUCGCCGCUGCUGUGGCUUGCGUUUACCCUUCUGCUGCACGAUCAGUUCCGGUCCUAUCUACCUGACGACAUAGUUACGGGAUACGCAGAUGACUAUGAGAUGCAGUGGGAGUUUCAGCAUGCCAGUGACUUCCGUAAUGCCUGCAUACAUGUCGAACGUAUUUUACAUGACUUGAAGGCCGCAGGCAUGGAGGUUGCUAAAGACAAAACUGUCAUUUUGCUUGCCUUGAAGGGAACAGCCACCGCAGCGCUACUGCGAGAUUUCACCAUUCGCAAAGACUUUUUGCGGAUUCAAGGCGUGCAGAGCACAACCAUGCUGCCCAUCAAGGAAUCCCACACGUACUUAGGGGUCAAGAUAGGCUAUGGCAGUUUUGAGCGAAGAAUUCGCGCAGACCAGCACGACGUGACGCCUUUGCUGCAUCGCCAGGACCUGCAAUCCCUUGCCCAGCAGACCUUCAGCAGCCAAAGCUUCGCGAUGUCCUUGACAGAGCAGCAGGAAGCAGAGAUGCUGAGCGCCCAGGAGGAACUUGCUCAGUUCGCCUCGCACACGAAGCAGGAACUGUCCACGGCAGCCCCCUCACUGGCGAGCCAGCAGGAGGAGGAUUCCAUGACAGUGGAUGCCAGAGACAAGAGGUCGGAGGAGUCACAGGACGCACAGCACGAGCCGCCGCUCAAGUGGGCCAAGGGCGAGGCCAAGGGCGAUCUUCAGCCGACAGGCAAGGGGCCCCGGACCUUGGAGACGAACAAAGGCCAGGACUCUGCAGCGCCGACAACUCCGAAUCCCGGCAACCGUCCAGCGAACCCGCAGGCGCGGAACACACAGCCUGCCCAGUCUUCGACAGCACUGGUGCCGGGACGAGUCCAUCGUCAGGAGGAGGCCAAGGCCAACUGGUCCAGCAAUGGGGGCUGGGGUCGAGGCCAGUGGCAACGCAACUGGGGCCGCCAAGCGCAGCAGCCGUCGCGAAACAACCGCGACGGGCACGAGGACCAACACGCCAUAGUGGGCCUCGACCUGGACUUCAUGUUUUUCCUUCAGUCCAGCAAGUCUGGCAACAGCAGAUCCGUGACAGACGCUCUCUUCAAGACAGCACAGGACUGGGAUCGCCAGAAGUCCGAGGAGCCUCACACGCUGACUCAACCAAUGCGGAAUGUGAUUCUGUAUUGCCUCCUGAGCACUCUCCUCGAGAGAGUCGAGGCCCUGGAGACGGAUGCGGAGGCUCUCGCACAGGUGAAGAAGCAAGGACUGGUCAUUGGCGAGGCCUAUCCUUAUUUGCAUUGGGAUCACAGCCAACGCAAACAUGUGCCGGCACAGCAGGAGCCGUUAGGCCACAAGGAGGCUGUGGAGCUCAUCAAGAUGGCUCUCAGGUUGACGGCCUUCCCAGGAGUCAUCGGCAGGUUUCAUGCCAUUCGGAGCCGAGUGGAGCGCGGACCGGCGGAAGUGAUUCCUUUCAGUCUCCAGGUUCAGAACCGCAGCCAGGAGUCUCAGCAGAUGUGGGUUUGCAUGAACCGGCUGUCUCGCUGCAGCUGUUGGCAUCUGGUAGCCGGCUCGCUGAGACCGGGCAAGCUCGGACGGGGCCCGCUAGCCAAGACCAUCGAGCGCCUCAUUCAGGAGCUCUAA